AUGGCUCAACUCAAAGAAAAGUCUUUCAGGGCUUUCUUGUCUUCUCCUCCUCUUCUUCCUGAGCUACUAGAACACAUUGAUGUUGGUACUAAGUGGUACUUCUUGGGUACGCUCUUAUACGUAGAACAAAAGAAAUUGGAUGGUAUUGAGCAGUUACAAGGACAUGAUGAUACAAGCAAGACAUUAAUGAUGUUUCAACACUGGCUGACCACUACUCCUACUGCUAAUACUGAGAAAGAGUUAACAUCAUUGAAGGAACUGUCAGAGACUAGACUACAAGAAAUAGAACAACUGAAGCUGAAACUUGAAGACAAUAACAGAUUACAAGUACCAGUUGAAGAGACAUCAGAGACAAUUAAAGAUGAAUCAUCUGAUGAUGACACAUCAAGUAAUGGAGACAUUGUAAUGAAACCUGAUGAUAAAUCACUAACAGUAAAUUUACAAGAGGAUGAAGUGGUGGAGUGGAGUCAGGAUCGUGUACAACUCACUAGACCAUCAGUAGAUCAAUGUAAGGAGGUAAUCAGUAAACUGAAGGAGGAACAUAAGAGGAUUAUACUCCGAUACCCAUCAUCUGACAGUACACAUGUCCUAAUACCAACUGUAUUGGAGAAAGGAACAAUAUAUCAACUUGAAAUAUACUUCUCAUUAUUAUCACGUGAUGAUAUCCUCUCAUUCUCUUCUCAACUAUCAACCAACAAAUCAUUAAAAAUUUUACUCCUAACAAAUGGUUCAAUGAGUGAUGAUGGAGUCAUUGCACUAGCACAAUCACUACAAUAUAAUAAAACACUUAAAUCCUUAUAUCUUGGUUACAACCCUGGCAUCACUUCAGCUUGUGCUCAGUCACUGGCUGAACUUUUACUCACUAACAACACACUGACUCGACUUUCUGUCCAUAAUACUAACAUUGAUACUGAUGGAGUAAUGAUACUGAUGAAAUCACUCAAGACUGAUAAUACACUAAGGGGACUCAGGCUAGACAAACAACACAAAAAACUUUGUUCUGCUUUACCUUAUUAUGAGCAUAUUAAAGACAGGCUGGAUUUUGUGUAAUGAUAAGAAAAU